CUGUUCUGAUUACUGAAGCAGACAGAUUCUGUGAUUUUGGUUCUUGAGAAACUUGCAAAAAUCCGAUUCUGUAUAAUCAGUUUUUUUUGCUUCGUUCCGGGUUUCGAUUCAUGGAGUUUGUAAUUGAAGAAGGAAAGCAAGUGCAUGAAGAAUGCUCGACUUUGAUUCUCCCUGCAUUGUCAAUUGGCAAUGUGGGACAGCUAGCUGUUGAUCUUCUAGUGUCAUCUACUGGUGCAGAGAGAGUUGGUUAUCUCGACGAUCCAAAUCUGCUUCCUUGUGUUGGAAAUGACGCUUAUGGCUCUCUUCCUUGCGGCGAAAUCGCUCUUCCUCUCGAGGUUUAUGAGUCAUCUUCAACUGCUACGACUCUUGCUCAGCAAAGGUCUCCAGUUGCAAAGGGAAUGAUGAUUAAAUUUGCGGAGAAUAUAGCCGAUUUUGCUGCUUCGAGUGGAAAGAAGCAUGUUAUUGUGCUUUCGAGUUUAGACUUCCAACGGCUGCAUAACUUAGAUAUGUCAAGAGGCCCACAGGUGUAUUAUCUGUCAAACGCUGAAUCUGAUGGAAGAGAUGAUCACUGUGAAAAGCUCGGAUUUGGAAGAUUGCACGAGUAUGAUUCAGAGGGAAGAUGUUGGAAGUACCUUAGCUCUGUAUUUGAGGAGAACGGUAAAGAAGAGCUGACUUUCCCUUCAGAAGAUGAGCUCGAAGACAUGGACUACUACCCAAGCUUGCCAUUUGCAGCUCUUUUCUCAGCUUUUAAGGCAAGAGGCUUAAAAGUGACAUGCCUCCUAUGCUACUGCUCGGAAGGAGACAACAUUCCUGAUGCAUUUCUUCUAGCGGAGGCUGCAUCUAAGCUUACGGGUCUGAGUCCUGACAAGUUCCACGGGGAAGAAGGUGGGAAAUGGCGGAUACCAUAUUCAUGGAAGAGUAUGUAUGGAGCUCCUCCGGAUAUGUCCAUGUUUUAAAGACUGUUAUUGAAGCUCACAGAUGUCGGACAGAUAGUCUUAAAGUAAAAUGAUGAUACAACGAGAAGUCUAUGAACACUUGAGAUAGUUUUGUAAUCCGAUAGAGACCUUUUUCUGGGGUUUUUUCAAUCAUCAAAUCUGCUACUAUAGAUCAAACUUAACAAGUAAUUGAUUUCAUUAAUAGAA